GCAGAAACCUAUUUCCCUCAAUUCUAACCCAAAGAUGGAGUAGUAGUUAUUGCAGAUGUGUCAAAAACCAUAGCCAGAUAGCCCGACUUAAAUAUUAAACACUCGAUCAACAUUUUCGGGCGGCUCCUUGAUUUAUUUGUGUAUUCCAUCGCCGAAAAGCAGCAGUUUCUUCAAGUGAAGUUUGACCAAGAAAUAGCCCCCGUCUGCCGCUCCUCGAGGAGAGGACAAUGAGAAUGGUGUUGUCACAGCGCCAAAAAGAAGAAUUGAAUAGAGCAAUUGCUGACUACUUACUAUCCAGCGGCCAUGUAGACUCACUUGAAGCAUUUAAGAGAGAAGCAGACAUUAGUGGAGAUGUUGACAAAAAGUACACUGGGUUGCUGGAAAAGAAGUGGACUUCUGUUGUCAGGCUUCAAAAACGGGUGAUGGAGCUAGAAGCCAAAUUGGCUGAAGCUGAGAAAGAAUUCAUUGCUGGGGCCCCAACGAGGGAAAAGCGGAGCCCCACAGAAUGGAUUCCCAGAGCUCCAGAGAAGUACAUUUUGUCUGGUCAUCGAGCACCAGUUACCAAGGUGGUGUUUCAUCCUGUAUUUAGUGUUUUCGUCUCAGCAAGCGAAGACGCCACUAUCAAAUUAUGGGAUUUCGAAACGGGUGACUUUGAACGUACGCUCAAGGGCCACACUGACUCGGUGCAAGAUGUAACCUUUGACUCGAACGGGAAAAUGCUUGCUUCUUGCAGUGCAGACAUGUCGGUCAAGUUGUGGGAUUUCAACACGUUCGAGUGCACCAAAACGUUGCAGGGUCAUGACCAUAACGUUAGCAGCGUCACCUUCCUACCUACGGGCGAUUUUCUCGUCUCGUCCAGUCGUGAUAAAACCAUAAAAAUCUGGGAAGUGGCAACCGGGUAUUGCGUCAAGACUCUUUCGGGACACCGAGAGUGGGUGCGGCAGAUCAGAGUAUCACCCGACGGUCUUUUACUCGCCUCUUGUUCCAACGACCAAACCGUCCGCAUUUGGCUUCUCUCCUCCAAGGAAUGCAAGAUGGAGAUGCGAGAGCACGAGCACGUAGUCGAAUGUGUUGCCUGGGCGCCCGAGUCUGCUACGGCAGCUAUUCAAGAGGCCACAGCUUUGGCUGCCUCUUCUUCCAACUCGGCACCCACUGAGAACCAUAAAAAAUCCAAUCUCACGGGCCCCUUCUUGGCAUCCGGCUCUCGAGAUAAAUCCAUCAAGAUCUGGGAUGUAUCUACUGGCCUGUGCGUUUUAACUCUGACCGGGCACGACAAUUGGGUGCGCGGCCUGGUAUUCCACACGGGUGGCAAGUACUUGCUAAGUGCCGCUGAUGACAAGACGCUUCGCGUUUGGGAUCUGCGUCACAGGCGGUGCCUCAAAACCCUCGAAGCUCACCAGCACUUUUGCACGUCUCUGGAUCUCCACCGUACGGCGCCCUACGUAGUGACGGGCAGUGUCGAUCAGACGGUCAAAGUCUGGGAAUGUCGCUGAAGAAGGAUCGAGAUAGGAAGAACACGAGGAAGAAAAUUACCAGACGUUAACAUAACAACAAAAAGGAUAAUACCGAUACAACCAGAAAAAAAAGCUAUCAAACUAAUGCGGAUUAUUUCGUUAGAACCCUUAAACAAUAAUUUUUUUCUUUGUUAUUUUUUCGCCUCUUAAACAACUCAAAAAGUAAAAAAACAACAACAAAAUAUUUUGGCACUUCUUCUAAUUCUUCAGUGAAAAUGUAAAAAUCCUUCCUUCUGUAUUCCCUCACAACCCCAAUUUUUCUUUUUUGCAGCAUAAAGCCGGGCAGGGCGCGGUGUUCCCACAGUGUGCCAUUGUUGGUUCUAUUUCAAAACAUACAAAAAAAAAUGAAAAACAAAAGCAACAAAAAAAAACACAAGAGAAAUGAAAAAAAUUUGGAAAGAAUAAUAUCUUACCACCCUCAAAAUAGCAGCAGCAAGAGAUCGAUUCAGAGUGGAUUUUUUUUUUUUUUUGGUUUCAUUCAUGCUUGAAAGCUGACGCACUUGUAUCCUCUCUCGAAUAACGGCGCACUAUACAUCUUCUCGAAAAAAACAACAACAAAAUGUCCUACAGCCUUUUUGAAUAGGUAAAGAAGAAGAAAAAGCUUAUGUUUUAUUUUCAUUCCUCUCUUCCGCGCUCCAGUUUGUUUUGUUUGUAAUUUUUCCUUUCUUUUUUUCACAUCUGGGCCUGUACAUGUUUCUCUCAUCAAACGAAAAAAAAAAAAAGAAAACAGA